AUUGGAUAGAGAUACAUGGCGUCAAAAUCCCAUUUCGUUUUGUUCUUCACUUCUCUUUUAUUCCCAUUUUCUACAAAACACAAAACAAACGCCUUCCUUAUCUCUGUCCUUCCGCCAUUGCUGCUGCUGGAGGUGGACGACCAGCCGCCUUCCCCUUUCCUUGUUCCUCUCCCCCUUCUUCCUCAACCUCAACCAAUCAUAACCCAUCUCCCCAAAAACCACUUUACAUGAGAUUCCAUUCCUAUCCACAAUUUUUCUUCAGACGCCAUUGUUGUGCUCACUUCGAAGCAGACUUGUGCCAACGAGUUUGGUUUUGAUUAUCAUCCAAUCUCUUAACUUCAUGGUGCCCGUCCAUGGCGGAUUCAUGUUUUAUCAUUUCCACCAGGUAAUUGAUGAUCGGAAGAUUGAGGAUGAACCACUGCGUUCCUGAUUUUGAAAUGGCCGACGACUUCUCUCUCCCAACAUUCUCUAAUUUAACCAGGCCGAGAAAAUCGUCUCUGCCGGAUGACGACGUGGUGGAGCUGCUAUGGCAGAACGGCCAAGUGGUGACGCACAGCCAGAACCAGAGGUCGCUCCGUAAAUCUCCGCCGUCCAAAUUUGACGUUUCGAUUCCGCAAGAUCAGGUAGCGACAAGAGAGAUCCGGCCGUCGUCUCAAUUGGAGGAACCUCAUGAACUUUUUAUGCAAGAAGAUGAAAUGGCCUCUUGGCUCAACUAUCCACUCGUUGAGGAUCAUAAUUUCUGCUCCGACCUCCUCUUCCCCGCCAUCACCGCUCCUCUUUGCGCCAAUCCUCAACCUGAGCUCCGACCGUCUGCAACGGCGACGCUCACUCUCACGCCGCGGCCGCCGAUUCCGCCCUGCCGGAGGUCUGAAGUGCAACCCUCUGUGCAGUUCUCGAGGAACAAGGCAACAGUUGAAUCUGAGCCAUCCAAUUCAAAGGUCAUGGUCAGGGAAUCGACGGUGGUUGACUCUUGCGACACGCCGUCUGUGGGGCCGGAAUCUAGGGCUUCGGAGAUGGCAAGGAGGAAGCUUGUGGAGGUGGUGAAUGGCGGCGGUGUGCAGUACGAGAUCGCUCGUGGUGGCGAUAGAGUCGGAGGUGUGUCGGUAGGCGGCGACGGCGGCGUCGGAGAGAAAGAAAUGAUGACUUGUGAAAUGACUGUCACUUCGUCCCCUGGCGGCUCUAGUGCCAGCGCCGAGCCCCCUUGUCUGAAACUAGCAGUCGAUGACCGGAAGCGCAAAGGAAGAGCUCUCGAAGAUACCGAAUGUCAAAGCGAGGAUGUUGAAUACGAAUCUGCUGGUCCGAAGAAACAAUUGUGGGGGGCAACAUUGACGAAACGAUCUCGUGCUGCUGAGGUUCACAACCUCUCGGAGAGGAGACGUCGGGACCGGAUAAACGAGAAGAUGAAGGCUUUACAGGAACUUAUCCCUCGAUGCAACAGGACCGAUAAGGCUUCGAUGUUGGAUGAAGCAAUCGAGUACUUGAAGACGCUUCAGUUACAAGUGCAGAUGAUGUCGAUGGGAUGUGGAAUGAUGCCGAUGAUGUUCCCGGGUGUUCAGCAAUACUUGCCACCACCAAUGGGGAUGGGAAUGGGGAUGGGCAUGGGCAUGGGAAUGGAAAUGGGCAUGAACAGACCAAUGAUGCAAUUUCAUAAUCUCUUGGCUGGUUCAAACUUGCCAAUGCAAGCUGGAGCCACAGCAGCAGCUCAUAUGGGACCGAGAUUCCCUCUCCCUCCCUUUGCAAUGCCUCCUGUUCCUGGUAAUGAUCCAUCCCGAGCUCAAGCAGCAAAUAAUCAACCGGAUCCGAUGGCUAACUCAGUAGGAACACAAAAUACAACCCCACCUUCAGUUUUGGGUUUUCCUGAUUCUUAUCAGCAGUUUCUUAGCUCGACCCAGAUGCAGUUUCAUAUGACACAGCCUCUACAGAAUCAGCAACCAGUACAACCGAAUACGAAUAGACCAUGUACUAGCAGGGGUCCUGAAAACCUUGAGAAUCAUCAAUCAGGUUAAUAUUUAAAUGAAUGGACUCAAGAAACACACUUGCCAGGCACGUUUUGGCGCAUAUCAGAGCGUCGAAAGCUUUGAACAUGCGCAUCUGCUGCUUGCUAAUACAAUAUAUUUCACAAAUAACAUGUAACGGCCACAUCCCUGUAAAUAUAAAUCUACACCCCUUUUACGUUUUUGAUCUUACUAUAUAUUUCAUGCCAUCAUCGUCCUUUUCCUGACUUGUUUCUGUUAGAUUGUGAUAGAAAGAAAGUAGAGUUACAGAUGGUCAUGGGAAUCCGUUGCUUUUACACGAAACUAUUGUGUUGCAUUUCGUCGGGGUCGGGUCCAGAAUGAUGAUGCUGAUAGAUCCAACUUGGUGUGGUCAAUUAUCGUCAUCAACGUCAUUGAGAGGCAUCAAAGUAUUCCAAACUCCAACUUCAGAGCCAUUUCCAUGUUUUUCCCUGGACCAUGGUUUCUACUGCAUGAUAUAUAUAUAUAUUCUUCAAAGUUGUUGCUCAAAAUUCAUUUUGUUUCAUCAUAAUAAAACUUGUUUCCUACCCAUCUCCACUUGCACUUGGAAUAUAAACUCUCAAUCAGCCAUGGAGAGAUCUCCAUAGGUAUUUUGUUUCUUUUUUAAAUUUUGUUUUUGUGCUUUUUCCACUGAAUUUUUGAAAGUUAUUUGGAAGUGGAAGAUCAGCAAAUUCACUGUAAAGAUGAGAGAACCCUCAAUUUUCUUUGGGAGAUGAGAGAGUGUGAACUAGGGGCAUUUUUGGAAUUGUAACUUUAUUUUUUUCCUUUCUUUUGUUUUCUUUUUCUUUUUUUCUUUUUUAUGGUGGUGGGGGGAAUAGUUUUUGGUAUGGAACCAUUGAAGGUGACAUUCCCCUAAUGCAAUAAAAAAUCCAUAUCUUUUCUAUUA